CGCCCACAGCCAAUAAGAGCGCAGCCGGGCCGGAAGUUUUCCGGCCGGACGGCGUUUCCACGGACGCCUAACAGGCCGUCCCGUGGUGGAGCCGGUGGUGCUGACGGGACCUUCGGAGUCUGACUUGCCUUGACCCUAAACAUAUCUCCCGGGUCAGUGUGAGGCUCUGUGCUGGAAGAUGGCAGACAUGCGCAACGGUGAGGCAGGUGCCUCUGCCCUGGAGCUGUUCAACAGCAUCACAACGCAAGGGGAACUCGUGAGGUCUCUCAAAGCCCAAAAAGCAUCUAAGGAGGAAGUUGAUUCUGCAGUCAAGAUGCUCCUCUCAUUAAAAAUGAGCUACAAGGCAGCCCUAGGAGAGGAUUACAAGGCAAACUGCCCCCCGGGGAGCACGGCCCCUGACGGGAGCAGUGAGACCAAUGGCACAGGCAGCAACGAGGACUUCGUGGACCCGUGGACAGUGCGGACGAGCAGUGCGAAGGGCGUUGACUAUGACAAGCUCAUCGUCCAGUUCGGAAGCAGCAAAAUUGACAAAGAGCUGAUAAACCGCAUUGAGAGAGCCGCGGGCCAGAGACCGCACCGCUUCCUGCGCCGAGGGAUCUUCUUCUCCCACAGAGAUAUGAACCAGGUUCUUGACGCCUAUGAGAACAAGAAGCCCUUCUACCUGUACACAGGCAGGGGUCCCUCUUCAGAAGCCAUGCAUGUUGGUCACCUCAUCCCCUUUAUUUUCACCAAGUGGCUGCAGGAUGUGUUUGACGUGCCGUUGGUGGUGCAGAUGUCGGAUGAUGAGAAGUACCUGUGGAAGGACUUGACCGUGGAGCAGGUCUAUGGCUACACCCUGGAGAACGUCAAGGACAUCAUCGCCUGUGGCUUCGAUGUCAACAAGACGUUCAUCUUCUCUGACCUUGACUACAUGGGGAUGAGUCCGGGCUUCUACAAGAACGUCGUGAAGAUUCAGAAGCAUGUCACCUUCAACCAAGUGAAAGGCAUCUUCGGCUUCAGUGACAGUGACUGCAUCGGCAAGAUCAGUUUUCCUGCCAUCCAGGCCGCUCCCUCCUUCAGCAGCUCGUUCCCUCAAAUCUUCCACAACAGGACUGACGUGCAGUGCCUCAUCCCGUGUGCCAUUGACCAGGAUCCCUACUUCAGGAUGACCAGAGACGUGGCCCCCAGGAUCGGCUGCCCAAAGCCUGCCCUGCUGCACUCGACUUUCUUCCCCGCCUUGCAGGGCGCACAGACCAAGAUGAGCGCCAGUGACCCCAACUCCUCCAUUUUCCUCACAGACACAGCCAAGCAGAUCAAGACCAAGGUCAACAAGCAUGCCUUCUCUGGGGGCCGGGACACCAUCGAGGAGCACAGGCAGUUUGGGGGCAACUGUGACGUGGACGUCUCUUUCAUGUACUUGACCUUCUUCCUGGAGGAUGAUGACAAGCUGGAGCAGAUCCGGAAGGAUUACAGCAGCGGUGCCAUGCUGACGGGCGAGCUGAAGAAGGCGCUCAUCGAGGUCCUGCAGCCGCUGAUCGCCGAGCACCAGGCCCGGCGCAAGGAGGUCACCGACGAGAUGGUGAAGGAGUUCAUGACGCCACGGAAGCUGUCCUUCCGCCUCCAGUAACACUUACCUUAUGUGUGCAUAGCAAGUCAUGUGACUUGUCCGUAAUCCCAGCCCAUGGAAUCAACACUGCCCGUGGCUGUCCUCUAAUUCCUGGGCCUGCUGUCUGAAGCCCCGUGUGCAUCAGUCCUGUUCCUUGCUCAUCUGUCUCUUGGCCAGAAUGCUGCAGAUGGUUGGGUCACGUGGCAAGGUACUCCUUUGAGUCUCCCACAAAGCGAGCAGGACGUGGUGCCUCUGCCCGUGAGGCCGCUGGUCCCACAGAGGACCAUGUGUUGGCACACAGCUCCAGACGGGCUCCUAAACCCUACCCAUUCUGGCUGCUGGCCUGGACCACACAGUGCCCCUGACAGAUUGACAGGGGCAGCUUAACAGGCACAAGGUAUAUUUCAGCCCAUGCCAAAGAAAAAGUGGGUGGCCAGAAGCUUUGCUGGACACGUAACUAAGAG